AUGCCAGAUAUUCAGUUAGGAGGUCAAUCAUUGAGAUCCCAUGGGGCUAAACUUGCAAGGUUCCACAUGCAUGACUGGGUCAUCCUCAUCCUCCUCGCGAUAAUACUCGCAGUUCUAUUACCUUUCUCAAUUAUGAAGCUGCACACCAAGGAUCAGGCGAAGGAAGGCGAGAAGGAGUCUAAAUCGCCGCCCGUCGCUAAGUGGGAACCGUCCAUCGAGGGCUACCUCCGUUUUCUAGUCGACAGCAAGAUCGUUUAUGAUACCCUCGAAACGAUCAUCCAGAAGGCCGCCUAUCCCUGGUAUGCUGAGUUUAGGAGUACUAGCUUGGAAAGGUCUGAAAAAUUAGCUAAAGAUCUAAAAUGGUUCAAGGACCAAGGGCAUACCAUUCCCGAGCCUUCUUCUCCUGGUGUUUCUUAUUCCCAGUAUCUCGAGGAGCUAUCUCAAAAGGAUCCUCAAGCUUUCAUCUGCCACUUUUACAAUAUAUACUUUGCUCAUAGUGCUGGUGGGCGAAUGAUUGGCAAAAAGGUACUUAAUUUUUCUCUAAAUGUCAUUUUCCAGAUUGUGACCUCCUGAA